UUUUAGUCCUCCCACUCACUCACUACCUUUGUGAGCUAAAGUGUUCUCUUUAGCUCCUCAACUCUCCAACUCUUUGCCUCUCCCUACAUUUGAACAAAAGAAAACCACCUAACCCUCAUGUCUCACAUUUGAUAAGUACACCCUCUCUCUCUCUACUUCCCAUUAUUCUCUCUCUCUCAAAUUUCAGCCUAAUCUCAUUCAUUCAUGGGUAACCCUAAUUAGGUUUUCUUCUUUACUAGUAAAAGUAGUACUACCUGAAGCUUAUAUAUAACUACUGAUCAUAUAUGGACUUUCUGAAAGAAUUGGAAGGAAAGCGAGUUCAUGAUCCUUUUGCAGCAAACAUGGCAACUAAACCUACAGCAAAGCGCAUAUGGGUUCCGGGGCCCAUCAUCGUCGGAGCUGGUCCUUCCGGCUUAGCAGUUGCUGCUUGUCUUAAAGAAAAAGGUAUUCCAAGCUUGAUCCUUGAAAGGGCUAACUGCAUAGCUUCGUUAUGGCAGCUCAAGACCUAUGACCGUCUCCGGCUUCAUCUACCCAAGAAAUUCUGUGAGCUCAUACUCAUGCCAUUCCCUUCAGAUUUUCCCACUUACCCAACAAAGCAGCAGUUUGUGGGUUACCUAAAUGCUUACGCUGAAAAUUUUGAUUUGAAGCCUGCUUUCAACAGGACAGUGGUGAGUGCAAGGUAUGAUAGUAGAUGUGAGCAUUGGUUUGUUAAUACUUUGGGAUUGAAAAAUGAGGAGACUGAGUAUGUUUGUCAAUGGCUAAUUGUUGCCACUGGUGAAAAUGCUGAGGAAGUUGUACCACAAUUUGACGGGGUGAGUGAGUUUGGUGGGCCUAUCGUCCACACUAGCUCUUACAAGAGUGGUGAGCUGUUUAGGGGAAAGAAGGUUUUGGUGGUUGGAUCUGGUAAUUCAGGCAUGGAGGUUAGUUUGGAUCUAUGCAACUACAAUGCACGCCCUUCCCUAGUCGUAAAAGAUUCGGUGCACAUCUUGCCGCAAGAGAUACUGGGAAUAUCAACUUUUGGAUUGUCCAUGUGGUUGCUCAAGUGGCUCCCCAUGCCCUUUGUGGAUCAUCUUUUGCUUCUUGUUGCACGCUUCAUGCUCGGAGACACUGCUCGGUUUGGAAUCUACCGCCCUGAGCGUGGCCCUCUUGAGCUCAAGAGCAUGACUGGCAAGACACCUGUUUUGGACAUUGGCGCCCUUGCUAAGAUCAAAACGGGCCACAUCAAGGUUUGCAAGGCAGUAAGGCAACUAAAGCAUCAAGCUGUGGAGUUUAUAGAUGGAAGAGUAGAGAAUUUCGAAGCCAUCAUUUAUGCAACGGGCUACAGAAGUAAUGUAAUGUCUUGGUUAAGGGAAACGAGCAUGUUUUCUGAAAAAGAUGGGUUGCCUCGGAAGCCAUUCCCGAACGGAUGGAAGGGGGAAUGUGGGUUGUACUCAGUGGGGUUUACACAACGUGGUCUGCUGGGUGCAUCUCUUGAUGCAAGGAGAAUUGCAGAGGAUAUUGAGCAUAGCUGGAAAGCUGAGGCCACGCAUUUCAUGGCUUUCACUACUUGUGCACUGCCACCGCCACCACAACCUGCUGUUUCAAUUAAUUAAGUAAAACUACCUGCGUGCAUAUUUUAUACUACUGAUGAUGAAGAAUAUCAAGAUUAUAAGAAAAGAAACAAGUGCAUGAUCACUUUAUGCAGCUGCCAUUGGAGGAGGGAAUAGGGUGGGAAAAAGGUUGUGAGAUCUUCCAAUCAUUCAAUUAUUAUAGUAAAGACGAAGGGAUGGCCGAUGUAACAAAAGUUUAAUGCUUCUUUUGGCCUUUGGGAGGAGGAGAAACUUCACCUAUCAUGGAUGGCGUAGUUCUCAUCAUCAAUGUGUACAGUACACAUCUUGUAAAUUACCACUUUUUACUUUAGUUUGCUAGAUAGGAUUAUAUUAGGAGGAUUACUGUUUAAUUAAUUAAGAAAGGGCUUGGGGUUUUUUAUAUUUGGUUUUCUAGGUUUUAUAGUUUUUAGUAACUGAUUUUAUGAUAUGGUGGUGUGAAAUGUGAAGUAUAAGGUAUAAAGUGCA